AUGUCCAUGAACUUUGAGAAAGCGGUCAAAGGCGGCACCAAGGUCAAGCUUGCGCCGCCCAAGUCCAAGUAUGUCGAAGCCAUACUACUCGCGACGCAGUCCGGCGAGGCUGGUGUCGCUGAGGUCUUCCGGACGCUCACCCUUCGGUUGCGGGACUCGACAUGGCAGGUGGCCUUCAAGGCACUGAUCAUCAUCCACCUGAUGGUCAAGGAGGGCGCAAGAGAUGCUACACUUGGCUAUCUGUCGGUGUCACCCAGGAACAAGCUGGCUAUAAACCACUUCACCGACGGGCACAACAUAAGACGUUACUCCGACUAUCUGCUCGCGCGUGCGGAAGCGUUCGGUGCCAGCAAGUGCGACUAUGUAAGAGCGGGAGAAGCUCGAGUCAAGGGCUUGACAGUAGACAAAGGCCUGUUGCGGGAGACGGAGGUCUUACAGAAGCAGGUCGGUGCUCUCGUGAAGUGCGACCUGCUGUCGAAUGAUAUGGAAAACGAGAUAUCUUUGACCGCGUUCCGGCUGUUGACGAGGGACCUACUGGACCUGUACCAUGUACAAAACGAGGCGAUGAUGAACGUUCUCAGCCAUUACUUUGAGAUGUCACGACCAGACGCCGAGCGGGCGAUUAAGAUAUACAAGAGGUUCUGCAAGCAGACAGAUGAGGUGGUGCAAUAUUUGAGCGUGGCACGGCAAUUUGAGCAUGCCACGAGGCUGGAGAUACCAAAGAUCAAGCAUGCGCCGACGAGCUUAGCAAAGUCAUUGCAAGAAUACUUGGACGACACGGACUUCGAAACCAAUCGGAGGCAGUACAUAGCAGAGCAGGAUGCAAAGAGGACAGGGAGGCCUGUACAGAAGCCAGCACAACCACAAUCCAAACCACAGCCUGCAGCUGCUCCGACUACUGCUGGGCCGUCGAAAGCCGCUGAACCUGCGGCUCCUAGUCAGCCGCCCAAGGGCCCAGCACCGGACCUGAUCGACUUCUUCGAGUCAAUCGAGCAGAAUCAGCAGCCCAUGGCACAAAACGUGCCUCACUUUCAGCAACAGCCUCAGCCCGAUGCUUUCCCCCCUCAACAACAGCAGCAGCCCUUUGGAUUCCAGCAACCACCUCAGCAGACCGGCUUCCAGCAAGGUCAGCCGACCGGUGUAAAUGGCUACCAGCCUACCGGCACGAACCCGUUUCUGCAGAUGCAACAGCAACAGGCGCCUCAGCAGCCACCUCAGCAGCAGAACCAACCACAACCCCUUAGCACCCAAUUCACAGGAGCUGGGUUCGGAGGCUAUGGACCCCAACCUCAGCAACAGUUCGUCGGUGGGGACGCCUUCGGACAAGAUCAAAAUCAGUACUCCAGUCCUGUUCAGAUGCAGUCACCACAACAACCACAACAGCCACAACAACCACAACAACAAACCAACCCUUUUCGCCAAUCUACCAUGCCGACUGGCGCAGCAUCAAUGGCGUUCGACGGCCAGGCCAACCAGGGAAUGCAGAGGCAGCCUACCAACCCUUUCGGACGUAACAUGGGCACUCCUCCCGUCUCUGGAAGUCCCUUCGGACAACAGUCCCAGACAGCUUGGCCUCAACCCCAACAACAGCAACAGCAGCCCCAAACAAUGCAGGCUCAGCCCACCGGCACGAACCCCUUCGCUCGCAACAUCACGCCCCAGCAAAGUGCUACUCCCAACGCGCUGCAAGUACAGCCCACAGGCAGUACGAAUCCCUUCCGACAGUCUGCUUUUGUGAACCAGCAAACAGGUGCUGGCUGGCAACACGGACCGCAGGCGACGAUGGGAGGAUUAGAGGGCUUGGAGACCGUACCUGUAUUUCCACGGCCUGGACAGGCGACUGGUGGCCAGCAGCAGCAGUCUCCGUGGGGUUGA